GUUUAGUAAUUUUUUUCCCAUAGCUAUUCACUGCAGACAAGACAAUGAUUGUCGAUUAAGUCAGUACACUAUAUGAACAAGACGUAUGAUUAGUGUUAUAAACAUACUUGUUUUUUAUGGUAAAACAAAUCCAUAUUGUUAUUGCCGGUUGUUUUCUUCUACUAACAGCGCAGAUAAAAUUGUUUACUAGAUCCAUUACACGAGUCCGGUACAAAGUUUGCAUUGUGUCAAAUCACGUUUUCCCAAAAAUUAAUCAUGUUUACACCCGUCUUUAACGAGCACAUACAAAAUGUGUACUGCUAUCAUUUAGGUACAUUUUUUGUUGUAAACGAACCGAGAAUAGUAAGUUAUCUAAUGCAAACAGGUACAAACAACACCGUCUGAAAGGUUAUCUGGUCGUCGAGUAUUUAAUACACAUUUUUCUUUUUGAAACCGUCUCAGUUGCCUAUCCGCGACUAACGAGACGAGUCGUUCAGUAACCAACACUAUGAACGCUAUGAAAUCAUGUUUGGUCCUAAGUCUGGCAGUGUCGCUGUUGGCCGUCCCAACCGGAGGCAUAUCGGCGCACCAACGGGUCCUCGAGUACUUCAACCGUUUUCCCAAGUCCGACGAAAUCGACAGCGUUAGAGACCUCAUAGACGGAUUCGCAAAAAGAAACGACAAAGUAUACGCGGAAGCCCACGACUUUUUCAAUAACAAAGGCAAAAAACUGGAUAUACUUAGAAGAGAUAAAGAAAGAUCUAGAGUGGCCUACAUUGCGAAUAGCGACAGAUUUUAUAACAUCAAUGUCAAUGCGAUCAAGAAAUAUGAUUCGAAUCUGGCAGAUUUGCUGGAUAAAUAUUAUAAAAGACUGAAGGAAGCCGACCACGUCAUGGAGAACAUUAUGGUACAAGUUGUGUACAACCAGUCUCAUUAUUAGCAAAUUAAAAUAACUUAUUCGUCUCUUUUUUACAUUACAAACAUAUUGUUAAAUGUAAUUUUUUUUUAUUUGUUCGGUUAUAUUAACCGUUAACACUAGAUCAAUUUUUUUAAAGAAGAAUCAUAAACUUAGUGUUAAUGUCUUUUUUAACAAUUUUUUUAUAAAUAAUUAUAGUGAUUUAGUAUAGAAUACAUAAUGUUAUCAUUACUCGACACAGUGCACAUCUCAGUAUGUAAACUCUGUGAUUUUUUGGAACUGAGAACGUCAGCGUUGUGUAAUUAAAUUGUUUUACUGUGCGAUUUAAAAAUACAAAAUUGUUUAUUUUAACAAAAGUAAUAAAUCAUUUUGAACUGAAAGUGAAAUAUAUUUUGCCAAAGUAUAGUAAUUUAAUUUUUACCGGAAAACGUUCCUACACAAACGUCAGCUGCAGUUUACUUAUGGAAGGACGAAACAAAAGUAUUUACCUUACUUACAUUGUACGGUUAUACUACAAACAGUGGCGAAUGGCAAAGGUGACUUUUAACUACACGGACAUUCGCGUCAGUCAUUUUACCUGCGACUUAACCAGAGAAUACAAUCAAAUAUAUUAAAACUUUUUUACUAAUUUUUUUAUUUCACUGAAGACUAGAAAUGUUUGUAUAUUAUAUUUUUAAAUAAUUACACGAAGUAACUUUUUUUCUACAUUCAUUUUUUAUAUUAAAUCGUUUUUGAUUUACGCAUAUAAUAAAAUUCAAACAUUUUUUUUUUGUUUAUGUAAGCUAUAAUAAGACACAAAGGUCAAUAUUUUUGUUUAAAAUUUCAAAACACUAUAAGUUUAAUGAGUAAUUAACAAUGCUUAAUUUUAAUUUAGCUUACUCGAUUAGAAUUUUAGUUAAGCUUUUUUUUUUUAUUUGUUACCGGAAACGUUGAAACGUUAAGAAAUACUAUGACAAUUCGCAAUAUACAUACGGUAAGUAUAGUUAAAGUACAUCUCUUCAUCAUAAGUAUUUAAUAAAAUAUAAAACCAUACCUAUACAGGCCCGAGACAAAUAAAAGCAAAACGGGGCGCCUCUUCACGGAUGUGGCCCGCUUUUGACAUUUAUUUCUACUAAUACAGUAUAAAAUCGGUAGCCAUAGACCAUAAAAACCUACCUUUAAUGCCUAGUGGACAAUUUACUGCUACGAUUAUUUUAUAAACAAGUGUAAUAAUGUCUGAUUUGGAGACAUUGAAUUUACAGUGCGGUAUUUUGAGAUUAUAAAAUAUAUUUUUGACCCAGCCUAAUCCGGUUAGGUUAAGAACCGAGGUUAGGUGUCUGUAAAGUCAGCUAAAGGUAUAUACGAUAAAUUCGUAUGGACAAAAAAAAAAAAAACACACCAGGUAAUUUUCACAUAUCUUAUAUUUAUCUGGUACAUACAGCACAAAUAGGAGUACACAUCAGUUCUAAGUAUUAAGUGCCCUGUUCUAAAUUCAUACAAAGGUAAUUCUAAGCUAAUACACGGUUUUUAAUUAAAUUUCUAUGUAUUUAUAUAUAAUAUAUUUGACAAUGUUUUAUACAGCGGGUAUAUGGCAAUACAAAUCGAAGAACGUACACGUAUCACACGUGGACUUUCUUCUAUCCUAAGAAACUACACACAAACAAAACAAAAUUACACAUCAUAUUGUAUAAUAUUAAAUAAAAAAUUGAUUACUCAACACAUGGCGUUACUAUUACUAUAUAAAUUAUAAUAUUAUCAUGUAUAUGUCCAGUAAAUAUUUAUACAAUAUUAAGUAUAAAUAUAAUGUUUAACGAAAAAAGUCAGUUUGCUUAAUUAGUAAGAAUUCAUUUGUCAUUCAAUCAUUCAGCCAGUGUUUUUUUUUUUUUU